AUGCCGGCAACUACAAUUAACAUUUAUCAAAAAUUACAAAAAAUUCAAUCAGAAACUAAAGAACUCAUUCGCACCGAAGAAAACAAAUUUCAAAAAUAUUUCUUUUUUAAUGAAUUACAAAUAUUACAAUUACUCAAACCUCUAUUAGAGAAGUAUAAAUUAAUUCUCUUAUUAACCUGCGGUAGUAAUGUCGAUUUAGCCAAAGCUAAAGGAUCUAGCGAAACUUAUGCUAUUAAAUAUAUGCUCUCGAAGUUCUUUUUAAUGCCAGUUAAGGAUGAAGCAGACCCAGAUUAUCAAGACAGCGGCAAAGAAACUAUCACCCCCGAAGAGAAAAAGCAAGUAAAUAAAAUUUUUAAAAGUUGA